AUGGGAAAGGUCAGGUUGGGUGCUGAGUACGGGAAGCAACCGCCACACCCCGGCCACUGCUCCCAUCUGAAUCCCCAUAUAGCUUUCAUCCCCAUCCGGCCUAAUGUGUACGACGCUGAUGGCCGGCUGUACGUCAAGGGAGUGACUCUACCGGAGCUGCAGCAAUGGUUUGCGGCGCAAGGUGAAAGGCCCAGUCGAGCAGACCAGUUGUGGCGCUGGGUGUACGGCAACAAUGGCGCUAGCGGCGGCGGCGCAACGGCAUCUGGCAGCAGCGCCGCCGCCACCGAGCUAAUUAGGCAACAAUAUAGCGAAAGAGCCCCCUGGUGGGUUCCUAAUCAAGCACAGCAACGCGGUGGAAACGACGGCGGCGGCGGCAGCAGCAGCUUCCCGGGCGGCAGUAGCACUACAACCGGAAGUGGCGAUGGUGGCGGCGGUGUUCCGUACAUUGGCGGCGGCGGUGGAUUACGGCGGUUAGAGGACGCCGCCGAGCCCGCUGUUGGGGGAUUCAGCGGAGCCUUCAUGACGAAGUUCAGGGCCCUUCUCAGCCUCCAGGGGGGCCUUAUGCUGGAGGACGUGACCCCUGCCUCGGACGGAACGCGCAAGCUUGUAUUUCGUGUAACCGAGGGGGAGGCGGCAGGUGGGCGCAUUGAGACGGUUCUCAUUCCCUGGUUCCGGGAUUACGACCCACGGGUCGGUCGCCGGGAGCAUCCCAGAUACACACUGUGCGUAUCAUCGCAGGUCUUAGUUGCGCAGCGCCUGCUGGACCAAGAUCCCGCACGUCCUCCGGCCGCUACCGCUGCAACAGCUGCUACUGCUGCCCCCAUCACCAAUAUCGUGUUUAUGGGGAUGGGGGAGCCCCUACACAACUGUACGGCAGUGUUUGCAGCGAUUGACAUACUGACACAUCGUCGAGGGUUGGGGUUUUCUGCGAGCAGGUGUGAGGAUCACCCUGUCCACCGUCGGCCUGCUCCCCCAGCUUCAGCACUUCCUGGACAGACGGCCGUUAAAGGCGGGGCGUUACGUACUGUUCGAAUACACCCUGCUGGGAGGUUCAACCCCUUCCCGGGGACUCUCUACGUGCCGUCGGCUCCCGAACGGGUGGAUGAGUUCCGACGGGUACUGCGGGAAGGCGGUCGUAUCGUACAUGUACGGCAGUCCAAGGGCGACAGCGGCAUGGCAGCGUGUGGGCAGUUGGGGGAUGUGGGGGGAACGAAGGAGGGGGUUCCGCACCCACCACCAGCAUCCAACGGAAUCUGCCGGGUCGACGGCGGCUCAACUCCAUUCCUGGUCAGCUCGCAAGUCAACUUUAUCAACUAG